CCUGCAGGCACUGAUGGACAUGGAUGAGGUUCCCUCUCAGUCUUCUCUUCCUGAGGCUGAACAGCCCCAGCUCCCUCAGCCUUUCCUGCUCCCAGAGAUGCUCCAUCCUUUCAGUGUCUCCUCAGCCUCCGCUGGACCCGCUCCAGGAGUUUUCAUAUGAUGGGAUUGUUGGGGUAUCCUGUGCAGGGCCAGGAUGGACUCGAUGGUCCUUCCAACUCAGGAGAUUCCGUGAUUCCAUGGUUCUGUGCUCUGGCCAACAGCAUUAAGAGGGCAGCAAGGCUGGGAUUCCUGCGGGUGUCUGAGGCUUCCCUCUUGUCUGAUCCUGGGCAGACAGUGAUGGAAAGAGGAAACACCACUAAAAACAGAGAAGUGGCCUUCCCCCAUUCAUGAUUUGGCCUUCACAGGCCUGUACUUUCGGGAUAGCUGCUAAAGAGUGGGGGGGGGGGAGGGGGGAAAUCUCCCUAUUUGUCCUUUGUGCAAUCUGCUGCUGCAUCAGCCUAAGCCACCUAGAAACCCCUCUAGAGUCUGCCCAGCAGCCAGUAUAACUGUCCAGGAACAAACCAAAGUGAUUUAGAGCCCCUCAGACCAUUUGAAGGUUGGGCUGCUGCUCACAGACCCCCAUGACCCCUGAUAUCCAGGUGAGAGAAGGGAUCCACUCCACUGUUCCCAGCCAGGAGCUGCUGCAGUGCCCUGAGGUCCCUCACAUCCCUCUCCGUGUCCCCACACGGCUGGAGGGGCUGCUCUGCUGGUGGGGGGGUUCCUGCAGGAGCAAAGCAGGAUUGGUCUGACCACAGCAGGACCUGGAAUCUCCUCAGUAGCUGCUGGAUAUCCUGAAGUGCUGAUGAUAUAUCAUGAUAUUGGUAUAAAUGCCAUGACCACGUGGACACGAGCGCUCAGCCACAGUGUGAGCAGCUGCAGUUUUCUGCAGAAAUUCUGUUUUCGAGGAUGUUUCUUUGUGGCAUCAGACAGGAGAAAGCAGGCAUGUGUUUUAUAAAGUCUGGGUGCUGGUUAUCUUCCGCAGGGAGCUGUCAGGGAGGGGGGUACAGGCACCUCAGAAGGCUCACACUGACCUUCUGGGGGCAAAAGAGCUGAGCAGCCCCCGUUGUCUCCUGCACACAGCAAGGACCAAAACAGCCAGAGUUUCCUGGGGGUGGAAACCCAAAAGUGCAGAUGUUUUUAUGCCACCUGAAAGUGAACAAGGGGGCAGGCACAGUCUGAAGGGUCUGAGCAGUGUGUCCUCUGCCCCAGCCCCAUGCACACGUGCCUGAGGGGAAGCACCCCAGCUCCGCCCUGGAGCCCUCAGAUAUAAAUUAAACCCAGUGACAAGGAGUUUCCCCACUUCUAAUUUGGGCAGCCAGCACCGUCAGGCGUGGAAUACCAAACAGAUGAGUUUUGCCUGCUUUCUGCUUGUUACCCAGCCGAGUUAACCCCACAUUUGUGUUUACCUCAGCCCCGCCGCCUGGGGCAGUUUCGAGGUUGCAGCGAUGCCUUUGCAAAGCUGGGGCGGGCACGGAGCUCUCCUGUUAUUUAUGGAGAGGAGGGAUGGAAGGGAGAACUGGGGCGGGCACGGAACCCUCCUGUUAUUUAUGGAGAGGAGGGAUGGAAGGGAGAACUGGGGCGGGCACGGAGCCCUCCUGUUAUUUAUGGAGAGAAGGGGUGGAAGGGAGAGCUGCCUGACACAUCGCAGCCUGGCCCACGCGUCCCUGUGGUCCCUGUGGCUUUGGGGCUGGGCUGAAGUCAGAGCCUGGCCCCGGCCCCGCCUUUUUUCUCUUUAAAGGUUGUUAAAGCAGUUUGCUGCUCCACUGCUUCCCCUUUGGGCUCCUUGAGGAAGGAGAAGGCGCUUCAUGUCUUGGCGUGAGCUCCUUCCCCCCUGGCUGGUGAUCGUGGCGGGACUGACGGGCAUCGUGCUGCUCUGUGUCUCCACCAAAGAUGUGCCCGUGGCCCCUCUCAGGACCAAGUAUGGCAUCGUUCUGGAUGCUGGCCCGUCCCGCACCAUCCUCUUCAUCUACCAGUGGACAGCCACCAAGGCAAACAAGACCGGGGUGAUCAGGGGAUGCAGUUCCUGCCCUGUGCAAGGUCUGGGAGUCUCCAACUACUCAGAUUCUCCUCAGAAAGCAGGGAAGAGCUUGGAGCCAUGUUUGAACUGGGCCCAGAAGGAGAUCCCAGCAGAGCAGCACAGCCAAACCCCGCUGUACGUGGGAGCCACCACCAGCACGAGGCACCUGAACCUCACCCAUCCCACCCUCUCUGAUGAUCUCCUUGCAUCCCUGACUGUGGCCCUGAAGUCAUCCCCCUUCAGCUUUCGGGGGGCACAGAUCCUGUCCAGCCCAGAUGAGGAAGCAUUCAACUGGGUUGCUGUGAACUAUGUCCUGGAGAACUUCUUCAAGUACGACUGGCGAGGGCAGCUGGUGCCCUCCGGGAAGGGGAUGGCAGGAGUCCUGUCCGUGGGAGGAACCUCAACACGGCUCACUUCCCAGCUGGAAGAGGAGAACCAGGUCCCAAAGGAAGGAGUGAGGCUGCAGCUGUACGGGCAGAUGCACAGGGUGUACACUCAUCAGUGCCCCUGCCAUGGCACCGACCAGCUCCACAGGAGGCUGCUCUCCCUGCUCAUCCAGGAGCAGAGAAGUGCUAAAACUGUGUCUAAUCCCUGCUGGCCCCUCUCCUACUCGCGGGAAGUGCAGUGGCAGUCAGUGCAUGCUGGGCCUUGUGCUGUCAGUGGUGACACAUGGGACACCCCUGGCCCCAAGGAGGUCUUCAACAUCACGGGCUCCAGCAGCCCCACCGCCUGCAUGAGACUUGUGCAAAGGCUGCUCAACUCCUCCUCUUCCUGCAGCUUCUCCAAGCACUCCCUCAGCAGUGUUCUCCAGCCCCUCCGGACCAGGUUUCUGGUGAUUUCUGAGGCCAUGGACUUCAUGAGAGAAACUGUUCCCUCUCCUGACUUGGGCCAGGCUGUCAAGAGGCUGUGUGGGAUGUCCCUCAAAGAGCUGGUUAGGGAGUCCCAAGCAAGCCAGGAUACACUUGCUGAGUACUGUGCUGUGUCUGCCUUCAUCUUCCAUCUCAGUACAAAGGGGUACACGCUCGACGUUGACCGGCCUGCUUGGACUGCGUUCCAGAAGAAGAUGGGUGACAGAUCAUCUGGCUGGACUCUUGGGUACCUGCUGAGCCUGACCAACACCAUCCCCCAGGACAGCCCAAGCAUCCUCAAGGGGAUUGAACCAGGGGUGUGGUCGCUGCUCCUGAUCCUCUUCGUGGUGCUGCUCACUGGCUCGUUCAUGCGCAUCUCGUACCGGGUGAUGGCCAAGGAGAACAGCCUCAGCAACAGGAACAGCAGCGUUUUUGAUGACAACUGACACUUCUGUGGGUCUCAAGACUCUUGCCAGAGCACAGUCAACAGGGUCCAGACAGAAACCACAGAGGUGUAAGGCACUGGAGGAUGGAAGUGAUUUCCCUGCAGGACUCCCAGAACCUUGAUGCCUUAUUUCAAUUAGCUGGCACUUGCACUUCUGUACUUUGAGACAAUGGAUCCUGCUCCACAGGAAACCUGGGAUUCCCAGUGGAUGGCAAGCUAUUCAUCCUCUAAACAAGAACAGCCUGCACAGCUCUUCCUUGGGCUACAGCUGGGAUUGCUCAUGUCAAGCACGAGGCGAUGCCUCUGAGCAGGCAGGCCCUGAGCUAUUGUGGAGUUAGUAUUGAAUAAUCCUGUCAAAUCAGGAGAGCUGGUGUCUGACAAAGAGUGCUCUGUCUUCUCCUCAAGAGAUGAUACCUGUAGUACUGCCACUAGUGAAGACUGGAAGAGCACUAAAAUAUGGUCAGAAUGUAACAGCCAACUUGCUUCCAUGUUCUAGGGAAAAUGCAGGUAUUUCCUGCCUGCCACUGCUGACCUGCCUGUGCUUCCAUUUCAGUGACAGUAUCCAGUGAAUGCUCAUUCAAAACCAAUGCUCUUUAAUCUUGGUCUCUACAGAGCAUCAAAGGAGAAACAAAGGGCACAGACACACAGCUGAGUUUUUGUCUCUCAGCUGAAUCAUGGCAACUCAGGGUUAAAAUUGCCAAUUUAAACUCUUUAACCAGGACUUCAAUGAACACAUUUAAUUUCACCUCUGCUAAAACUGGGCUCAAUCUGGGCUGAGGUUCACCUGUUUGUUUAUUUGCACUGACCUGCUUGUCUCGCUGACUGUGCAAGUGACUCAUCUGACGUUGUCCUUUAGACCAGAGCAGACCCAGGAACAGAAGCUUUCCUGAUUGUCAGAACACUGACUUUUGUAUUAGACCACGACCAGAGUUACUGCCUAAUCCAAUAGUCAGGAUUCCUCAGGGACUUGGCAGUCAUUCCGGCUCCUCUGGCCUGCUCUGCUUGUCUAAAAGAUGAGGUGCUGGACAAACUCCCUGUGUUACUGUGAAGAAAAGGGAUUGAUUCAGUCAAACACUGUCCUUUGACUGAGGCAUUUAGUUCACUUCUCAGUUGCUUCAGAGACUUAAAACACACAGGCUGAUAAAAGCCUCAGGGACAAGUGUCUCCAAUGCAUUUCAGGCCACUUUAAACAGAAAUGUAAAUGCUCACACAUGCAGUGAUGUGCCUUGCAGGAUUUUUAAAGCUACCAUGGCACCUAAAUCCUUUCAAAUCUGAUUAUUUGCCACUUCUGCUCCCAGCUGAUACACAGGACACACACACACAGAAAUACUGGGGUAUCCAAUUAACGAAGGUUUGGAACCCGUCAGUCAAGUUUGGAGGGGUGUGGAAAGAGACUUAAACAAGCUUCAUAUUCAUUUCUUCGAGUUGCACGUUAGAUAUUUUUAAUUAUAUCAUGUUAUUAAAGAUGUUUUAAUAGAC